GCGACGCCCCAGAGCUCACUGUGAAACCAACACGAACCGAGAAGGAAAAACAUCGGUAUUGACUAAAAGUAAAACAAGACCGAAAAUAUGAACAUCACGGCCACCUGCAACACAACCUAUAGCAAAGGAUCCUCAGCCAUCGGAAUCACCAUCCUAACCACGGCAUUCACCCUCGGUUUCCCUGGCAACCUGUUUGUGAUCUGGACCGUGCUGCGCAGACUGAGAGAAAGAUCCGUCACUUCCAUCCUGAUCCUAAACCUGGCAGCUGCAGACGCAGUCGUCCUCCUUACAGCCCCGUUCUUCAUCCGCUACCUCGCGGUCCUGAACUGGGAAUUCGGGGAGGCCCCCUGCAAGAUCAUGCACUACAUCUGCAAUGUCAAUAUGUACGCCAGCAUCUUCAUCAUUGCCUUCAUGAGCCUCGAUCGCCUGUUAGGAGUUUCCAAGCCCUUUCUGUCCCAGAAGGUCCGAACGAAGCCUAAAGUCCGCAGGGUAGCCCUGGCGCUCUGGGUAUUGGCUUUCCUGUUCUCCAUACCCAUGCUUUUCUACCGGAAAGUGGUCACCAGCAAGGACAGGCAGUGGUGUAACCCUGUGCACAUGACCAGAGGACACCAAGUUUUCCAGUACCUGCUGGAAACAUCAGCCUCCUUCGUGAUCCCUUUCACAGUCAUGGCUGUCAGUUAUUGCCGCAUCAGUCUGAGGCUCAGAAAGGGGAGGUUCAGACGCAGGUCCAGACGUAAGUCGAGCCGGCUGAUCAUUUUAGUGGUGGUCAGCUUUGCUGUGUUUUGGAUGCCGUAUAACAUUGUUAACAUUCUCCAAGUCGCCGGAAUGCUGGCUAGUUCGAAGGCGCUGGAGGAAUUUGCCGCGUACGUGAGGCCAAAUUUGACCGCGUUGGCAUUCGUCAGUAGCAGCGUGAAUCCCAUCCUCUACGCUUUCGCCGGGAGCGCCUUCAUCAGGACUUCGGGGUUAAACUUUGUGGCUAAGCUUCUAGAAGGGACUUCCUCAGAGGUGAAUAGCUUGAAGAAAUCUGGGAGGACCCUCAGGGAGAAGGAGGAAGAGGAGAAAAGCAGGAUGGAGGACUGCAUGGAAUUGGAGCAGGUCACAAACGCUAAACAAACUGGAGAAGAUGCACCGAAACAAGAUCAGGAGGCAAAUACAGAAGCACCCAACUGUUGAUCUUAUAUAUACAACAAAGCCUUGAUUAUUCAAACAACCCCUUGGUAACCUGUCAUAGAAAAUGUGCUAUUCACCCUCAAUCUCUGGUAUUUAAUGGCAGAACAGUGCCAUGCUGUGAUAUACUGUAUAUUUCCAGUAAAGGGUGUUGAAUUAUGCAAACAAUUUGAUCUUUGUCUCAAUUAGUUCAAAGAAA